GCCGAAUGAUAGUUUUUACUCGGCUCCCUGUAUAUAAUAAUAAAGCGACUGCUCUGCCUGCAUGCGUUGCAAUAUAUAGUAGGUAUCGCGACAUACACACAUGUAUGUUAUACACGCACAGAUGCACAUUAGGGCGACGAGACUGCAGAUGCAGAGAGACGACGAGUGGUGUGUGUGCGCGAGCGUGUGACUGACGCGUGUGCGUGAGUAUAAUAAUAAUAUAAUAUAGAAGAAAAAAAAGCAGCUUUAUCAUCGAAUAUUCGACGGCGUAUAGCCGACGACGGCCGCAGCCCGAAGCGAGUCGUCGCAAUAGCGUGCGCAAGUAUCAACACAGCAGUAGGAGCAGCAUUAUAAAGCAUAUAUAUAGGAGCAGCAGCAGAGCUUGGCCGAGGAGACCGGCGCCGCCGCCGCCACCGCCACUGCCGCCGACGACAACACGCGUCAUUGCCGCAUUGAAAAUAUAGAUUUGCCGAUUGUGCAGAGAGACAGAGAGAGAGAGAGAGAGAAACUGCCUCGCGAGCGAGCCAAGGCAGUAGCACGAGCAGGCGGCAGUAGCAGCAGCCGCCAGUCGCCACCGCCGCAAUCAGACACACGAUAUAUAGGUAUCGCCAAUUCGCGUACAACACUGGCUGCUCGUCUCCUCCGGCGCCGCGACGCAACGCGCGCUAGACAGUCGCGUAUACGCUGCACGAGCUAUUACAUCGACCUAUAGUGCAGCGCCUAAUUGACUAUUGUCCGAGUGGCCCCCCAGCAGCAGCAGCCGCCGCCGCAAACCACGUAAACAAAGUUUCUGUCUACGCGAGUCUUGUUUGUGUAUCAGACUGUAGCAGCAGCAGCAGCUCGUCAGUCGUGUCCGUCCGUCACCGAGUCUGCAGACUGCGCCGCGGAGUCGCGACCACGUUACUUUGCGGUUUUGCGUCGACGUCAGCUAUCGUCAUUACGCACACAUCGACGUCCUGACACGCGUCCGUUCGAUGCACACCUCAUCCCGCAGCCUAUCGUCGAGCUUUAAAGACCGCGAGUGCACCUCUACGUCCAGUCAAGCUCUCUGCUGGGUCUCGCUCUGAUCGCCUGUCGUCGUCUAGACUGCGCCUCGUCUGCAGCCCGCAGCACGUCCGAGAGAGAGAGUACUCGCCAACCAAUACGUGAGCAGUAUUUGUACAUGCUCGUAAAAUAUCGCCGAGGUAUUCGUCGAUUGCACAGCUAUACGGAGCAGUAGAGUCUAAGCCAACUCUAUAUAGCGGGGAGCCGGCACGCGCGUGCCCUGCCUAUCUCUUUCUCUUUCUCUCCCACUUUUUCCUUUUUCUUCGGACUUUUGCGGCUUUAACCCAUGUGAGCAAGCAGAGCAACUACAGAAACACCUCGCCUUUCGAUGGAAAUGUCAGGUCGCCGCCACAGACAGUGAUAAUCAGUUACCAAGUGUUUUUCUACACACUCGAGCAACAUUGUUUCUCAUUGGUUCUCAACGCAGAUGAGCUUCCACUUCAAAAAUUCACUUUUAAUUGCUUUUUCACCAUAUUACCCUGUUGCAAGGGUUGAUUACUCAACAACUAUUCAUGUGUGUCUGGUUGAAGUAACUGCUACCUAGUCAAUCAAAUUGUCAACUUCAACAUUUUCACAGUUUAUUUCAACAAUUGUCCAAAAGUUAUCGCCUUCAAAGCUGCAUGUAUAGAUUUCAACGCCAGCUGUUGUUGCCUUCUACUUUUUGCACACCACGUUGAUAUUAGUGCUUGUCAUCUACCCUUUAUAUAUAAGUGGGUUCAGUUCCUGAUUUAAACAAAGUGCUAGUUCACAAAUUAUUCAAUGUCAUUAAUUUCAUGCAAUUGGUCAAAUGAAACAAAUGGACAAUUAGUGAAUUGUGAAAGUGUUAACUUUCAGUGCUAGUUUAUCAAUUUUUUGUGGCAUCAGUCAAUGCAUAGUAUUUGUUGCUAUUGAACUGAUCUCAGGAGGGCUAGUCAUACUAAUGCCCAGCAUUAGUGAGCUUUUAUAAAUAUUGAGUGUGUUAAGAGUUGAGUGUGAUGCCUGGGAGUCGUACUAGUAUCGAACCCGAGCACAAAUCCCCUAGGGAAAGUGGUGAAGAUUCUGAAGAUGAAAGUGAAAUUUUGGAGGAAAGCCCCUGUGGUCGGUGGCUCAAACGCCGUGAAGAGGUAUGUUUUUCACAUAUCGUAUUUUAUCAUGAAAAGGUGGAACAACAAGACUUGCCAGGGAUAGACUGCGCGUAUUUGGCGAUGGAUACCGAGGAAGGCGUCGAAGUCGUGUGGAAUGAAGUUCAAUUUUCCGAAAGAAAAAAUUUCAAAGCUCAAGAGGAAAAGAUACAGCUUGUCUUUGAAAACUUGACGCAACUCGAGCACCCUAAUAUAGUUAAAUUCCAUCGUUACUGGACGGAUACUCACAAUGACAAGCCUCGUGUCAUUUUUAUUACUGAGUACAUGUCAUCUGGGUCUUUGAAACAGUUUCUCAAGCGAACCAAAAGGAAUGUCAAAAAGCUACCCUUGCAAGCUUGGAAGAGGUGGUGUACGCAAAUACUCUCUGCUCUCAGUUACUUGCAUUCCUGCUCUCCACCAAUAAUACAUGGUAAUCUCACAUGUGACACCAUUUUUAUUCAACACAAUGGUCUAGUCAAAAUUGGCUCUGUGGCUCCUGAUGCGAUUCAUCAGCAUAUCAAGACUCACAGAGAAAACAUGAAAAAUAUGCAUUUCAUUGCUCCUGAAUAUGGAGUUUCCAUAACUCCAUCUACAGAUAUUUUCUCAUUCGGCAUGUGCGCAUUGGAAAUGGCUGCAUUGGAAAUUCAAGGCAACGGAGAUAGUGGAAAUGUUGUUACAGAAGAACAUAUUAUGAAAACUAUUGAUUCGCUGGACGAUAUUCAACAAAAAAACUUUAUUCGCAAAUGUAUACAAGGGGACCCAUUAAAUAGGCCAAGUGCCCGGGAGUUACUUUUUCACCCUAUUUUGUUUGAGGUUCAUUCCUUGAAACUGCUUGCUGCACAUGCCUUAGUCAACUCUGCUACAAAUAUAUCGGAAACAAUAACAGAUGAAGUGCUGCAAAGGCUAUAUGGACCGGAUACCGUGGUGGCUGAGAUGAGAUAUCAAAAUCGUCCACCCCACCAAAUACGUUUGAGUGAUUUUCCUGUUGCUGAAAAAUUAGAAAAAUUUGUCGAAGACGUAAAAUAUGGGAUUUAUCCACUGACUGCAUUUAAAGCAAAACUUCCACCACCUGUUCGGCCUCGAGCUAUUUCUCCUGAAGUAGCUGAAUCUGUAAAAUCUGUCACUCCAGAACCAAUUGACACAGAGACUCGGAGAGUAGUCAAUAUGAUGUGUAAUGUAAAGGCAAAAGAAGAUUGUACCGAGCUGCAAAUGACAAUUUUAUUAAGAAUGGAUGACAAAAUGAAUAGACAAUUAACUUGUCCAGUUUCUGAAAAUGAUACUCCAUUACUUUUAGCUCAAGAACUUGUGAAUUUUGGAUUCAUCAAUGAGAUUGAUCGUGAUAUGUUAGCAAAUUUGAUUGAUGAAGCUUUAGCAAGUUGUUUCAACAAAAGAAUGUUAAAACCUGGUAUGGUGUCGUUGUCUAAUCUAGUAAAUCCAACAACAUUAAGACUACCAGAGCCAGGUCAAUCUCAGAUUCGAACUUUGGACGCAGAAGCGUUAUCAAAACAUCUACAACUUCAAGCAACUUUAGCUGCACAAAAUAAUAUGGGCCUUGAUACUCCAAUGAAUAAGCAUCAGGAACAGUUGCACCAGCAGCAUCAAACGGAUGAACCACAAACAAUGGCUACGAAUGAGGUUACUAGUUAACCACCGGCCUCUCUGCUCAACGCAUUUCAUGGCCAUUACUUUUUACAUUGCUUAUGCUACUAUUGUUGUGCUGCGCUUCAUUCUCCAUGUACAGACUGGCUAUUUAUUUUUAUAUUUUUAAGUAAGAAAUUACAUCAGUUUUAUGAAGCAAAUAGAUCUAUAACAAAAUUCGAUCUUUUAAUCUAAGAAAAUGUUACUGUCACUCAUAAAUUUAUAGAUCAGCGAUCGGCUGUAAUGAUGUAGAUGGCAAUUGCCGGUCAAGGGUUUCCCCUUACCGUGAAAAACAGGUAUUCUUCGACAACUUAUAUCAAGAUCAUGGCUAUGAUGAUGGCCUGCGGCCGAUUUUAAUUGUAUAAAUUAAAUUAAUAUUGACACCCCUAUUUUUGUUGAAAAUAAUUUUCUAAUGUCACUUGGAACAAAAGAUUUCGCCUUUUUGAGAAUGAAAAAAUAUGGUGAAUCUCUUAACAUUCAUGGGUAUUAAAAAUUGGGCACAAGUAUUAUCACUCUAUUGGACAUAAAGCUUUAUCUUAAUAUUUAAUUCAAUUCAUAGUAAUACGAUUUAUUAUAAAUUAAAUAUUGAAAAAUCAGUCAAACUAAUUUGAUGAAUUAUUAUAAAUAGCUUACGUACAAUUUUGCAUUUUGUGUUGAAAAUUUAUGAAACUAAAAAAUAACUAAAAUAUUUUCUCAUAAAAGAAUGGAUUUUAUAUUUCGAGGUACAGUAAACUUUGUCUUUUCGAUUUUUCAUUGUUGCUUGUAUCGUACUGUUUUAAGAUCAUGCUUGAAAUUUUUAAUAUAAAGUUCUAAAUUUUUAAUAUAAAGAUUAAAUCACUUUUACAUUUUUAUAGAAAUUAUAGUAAUUUUACGCUUAUGUUUAUACGUGUUUGUAAAAAGAAAAAUUUGUUUACAAUUCUCCGUACCAAUUCAUUAAGAAUGCAGAUUUGUCUCGUGAAUGUACGGCGUUUAAAGCCAACCUUGAUCAUUGAAGAUACAAUAUAUAAAAUGUAAAGGAAACAAAUGUUAUCAAAAUUGUAAAAAUGAACAAUAGUUUUGAAUACACAUUUCGCACAAAAAAUGAGUAACAGUAGUAAAUAUGUAAGUCAAUCCAUUUAGGCCAGCAGUAAUGAUAACUGAACGAAAUAUAACAAUACAGUCCUUACUCACCGUAAGUCUCUAGAGAUCUUAUUGUUUCAUGUUACGGUACACAUUAAACGAGAAAUACUGUGGUAUUGAAUAUGACACUAACUUGUUGGGUAUUACUAUUAAUAUAUCAAAGUUAUUAACAAGCUUAUUAUUCAUCAUAUUUCUUUCGGAGCUGAAUUGUUAUGAUAACGGCAAUAAUUAUUUAUUCAGAAUCGUAUAAUUAAUAAUAUUCCGUUCAACUACGUAAAAAAAUAAUUGAAAUUUUAUUAAAAUGUUUAAAAUAUAAUAUAUUAACGAAAGCUAGAGAGCUUAUUUGAUUUUUUUUAAAUUAAAAGAUGCAAUAACUACCAGUUGAAGGAUUCGAAUGAACUUACAGUAUCAAAAUAAUUUACAAAAGGAAAAUACCAAACUUAACAUAAUCAUGUAACUCCGGAAUAGAAACAAGGUUUUACAACCGUAACAUAUAAAAAGGAAAAGUCAUGUUCGAAAUAUGAGUUUGCUGUAAAUAAAAACUAUAUUUUUAAGAGAAACUGUCAAUACAGAAAACUAGUCAUAACUAUAUUCAAAUGUUGAAUAGACUAACACACCGACUUCCUUACGUCUUUUUUGCAUUUAAAAUUAUGACAAACGCUUGGCCAAGAUGGAAAAGAAUUUUUUGAGAUUAAGAUUGAAUUUAAAAAAAUCGUAAAUGAAUUACAAAAAAUAAACAAGUGUGAAUAAAUAAACACAAGUUAAUGAGAACAAGGUACUGCUCUUAUUUUUGUCCAUACUUCCGAAAAAUAACGAGAAUAUUGAAUCGUUGCAUUUUUUAUAAAAAUUAAUUAUAGAAUAAAUAAUGCGUGAUAAAGAACCGCCCGAGAAAAUGGUAGAAUGUGAAUAUACAGAAUUGUACACUUCAACUUCAAAAUGUUUACAAUGUCGAGAUGCAAAGUGAAUGAAAUGUAUAGCGAUAUUUUCUCGACUUAUUACUUUUUUGUAAUAAAAUGCUAAAUUGUUGUGAUGCAAACUUGAAUAUAAUGAUGUAAUAUAGUAGAAAAUGUGGUAAUAGAAAGCCAUUAUUAUAUUCGUUCAGAGUUUAGCUCGAAUCGUUUUUUUUUAUUGUUUGUUUUAUCGGAAUGACAAAUUCCACAAAGUGAUAACGUGAAUAAAAUGAUGAGAAUUAGAGUCUCUUUUGCAGUCUGUUAUUAUUUUUUGUUCGCUUCUAAAUAAGCUUUAUUUAUGUAUAGAAUAGCGUUUUACUCGCAAGAUAUUACAAAAUUCAUAUAAACUAAAUAAUGUUCCUCUUGUUUAUUUCUUUUAUUUUUGUACACACACCAUGAUAAAAUUGAAAGAGGCAGUUAAAGACAUCAAAAGUAUUUUUUCAUAGAUUUCACUACAAUUGUGAAGUAUAAUAUCAUUACUUGAAAUGCAUUCUGAUCGGGACUGAUGGAUGAACACUGUGUAAAUCCAAGUAACAUUACAAUAUAUUUU